GCAGAUCUUCUCCUGUCAAACACCUCAGAACAUAAAUCUGAGGCGCCUCUGCGCGUUCCCGUUCCCUCUAGGAGCGCGCAUGUGGCGGGCACGCGCACUCCCGUGGAUCUCCCAGUCAGACAUGGCGGCGGACCCACAGCCGGACUGGCUCAGCUGUCUCCCUCCUUCCUGGAGUUACGGGGUGACCCGGGAUGGACGCAUCUUCUUCUUGAGCGAAGAAGCGCAGAGUUCAACCUGGCUUCAUCCCGCUACCGGAGAGGCGGUGACCACGGGCCACAGGAAGACCCCCGAUCUACCAACAGGAUGGGAGGAGGGAUACACAUUCGAAGGAGCUCGCUGCUUCAUCAAGUGAGUGGUUCUGGGUGGAGGUUCCUACAGGUUCAUCUAGGCCUGUGUUCUGUCUGUAUCCCUCGGUUUUUCCUGUCCUUCUUAAACUUUUCUGGUUCCACACUGGGUCAGAACUUUAUGGAGCAGAACCUCAUGUGGAAGAAGAACGAUUGACCCGUGUUUGCUCUGAUAGCUGUUCUGCUUCUGGUCUCAGAGAUCCAUGGAUCAGUGAGGAAGCAGGGAGAACCUGAACCCAGAGCGCUGAUGGAACAGCUUAGAGUGGCCUAGUUAAAGUUCAGAUCCACUCACUUCAGAUCAGUUUAUUUCUAGAGCUCCAAUUCACACCAUGUCAUCUCAGGUCACUUUAUAGAUCCAGAUC